GUCGGAGAUCGUGUGGGGCUCUCUUAACCGAUGCGGUUAGAUAGGCUCCUAGGCCCUAAGUAUCGCGAGACGUAGUGAUCCGCUGAAACGCAAACCGGACGGAAGUUUAUAUACGUACGGCGUAAACAUGGAGUUCGUAUCUGCGUGCCUUGUGUUGAUGGUCGCUGUUCUGCACGGAGGUGUAUUAUCAGAAUUAACAGAAAAUAACUACGAUGAAAAAAAAUUUACGUUAGAAAAUGUAUCGAGUAUUUCUAAAAGGCAAACAAAUUUCCAAAAUGAUAAUCUUAACCAACAACAAAUUCCACAAACAUACUUCGAUUAUAUUCAGCAGGAAAAUUAUGAUGGUAAUUUAGUACCAGAACAACAGCAGUUUGGACAACAAAACGUACAACAGCAGUUUGGACAGCAAAACGUACGACAGUUUGGACAACAAGACGUACGACAGUUUGGACAACAAAAUGUACAACAACAAGUUUUUGUACAAGGAUCACCAUCAGAUGUAUUUCCUCCAACUACUACGACGACUCUAUCGCCAUUCACUGCUGAACAAGUUCGACUUCAAGAAGAGUAUGCGAGAAGAACAUUAGUAGAACAGCAGACAGCGCUAAUUAGAUCCCGUCAGAGGCCUUUAGUCCAACCACUUCCAACUCAGUUUCAAAUCCAACCUUCAUCGAUCCCCGAACAACAGCAGUCACAACCACUGCAAUUUAUAGAUCAAAGUGGGCAAGUGCGUCAACAAAAUUUUGUUCCUCAACAACAAGAUUUAGUGUCACAACAACAAACCGUUUUGCCUGUUUCAAGUGAUGAACCGUUUUCAUACGCUCAAGUCCAAUUUGGUCCGGUGGCCAAACAAGAGGAAACAGUCGUCAGCCGACCGAAAGGUCAAAGAUCCGUCUCGAGGCCCAGAAUAAAUUACGCUGUUGAACCUGUCACUCAACAGACGAUAGACUACUCAGCAGUGACUAAGGUGAAUCCGGUGCCGUUUAGUAGCCGUUUACCUCAAAAUGUUGUUUACAUCCAGCCAAACGGUCAGAUGUACAAAGCGAUCGAAGAUACCGAGCCAGUUGUACAGAUUCCGCGAAAGAAUCACUAUACAGACGAAUACCAGACGAUAUCAGCGGUAACUUCCGGGCCUACAACUAGUGCCACGUCUUUGAAGUCAUCAACUACUACCGUGGAUCCAAUAGAAGAAGAGCAAGUGGUAUUGAUUCCACGGCCGAAGAAACUUAAUCAAAGGCCUAGACAGGAAAGUCGCAAAUCGAGUAGAGUACAACAACAGGUGGUGAGAACCGAGAGACCUCAGCACCAACAAGACCAACAACUGCCGCAGUCAUCCGAAGUGGAGCCGGACAAUUUUCUCACGUCACUUCUAUCUAGAUUCCAGCAGACACAACCAGAAACGACAGUCGCCGCUUUACCAAAGCUGAGAGGCAGCCAAAGGGCAAAAAGUGGUAACCGUUCUGGAACAUCCAAGUACUUGCCAGACAGAAGUCAGUUGCAGCUAUUGCAAUUUCCACAUGAGCUCAAGGCGUUAACCACUGCCGAACUAAAAGUGUUGGAAGAAACGAGCGCRCGAAUCGCUGCCGCCAACGACAAAUCUGUGGAAAAAAAACAGCUUCUAAGAGACACUCCAGAUACUGAUACAGCAUCACAUUCACCAUCAUCAAAUGUAAAACUCAACGAACGAUUUAUCCUGGGGAAUAGACCAGUUCCCAUGCCGGUUGAACUUAGCGAGCAACAACGUCAAUUCCUCGCAGCUCAAGGUAUCCGUAACUUAUAUCGAGUGGAUUACGAUCAGUCAGGAAAUGAGUUACCGCUGACUUAUGUAUUAGCAUUGGAUAACCGCCCCAAAUUGGCAGAGCUGAAACAGAAACUCUGAAACUACCCAUAAAAUAUCAACAUAACAAAAAGUGCCUAUUUAUGUAUUAAGUGUGUUUUAAAUUUAUCAUUAAUUUUCUUUGUAAAUAAUAAUAUGUAUUAAGUAUUAAAGUAUAAUAUACGUAA